UUAGAGUAUUGGUUCAAUAUUAAAAACAGUUCAAUAUUAAAACAAUUUACAUUGCGAUCCCAACUAACUUGAUCUUACUCUGUACUUUUAUUGACAAAAUGGGGACAAGAGAAGCUUGGUUGAUGUAAAACUUGGAAUAGCUGAUGAGUCAAUGGAUAAGUCAAAGGUUUGGAAGCUUGUGGAGAUAACUGAUACAGCUCAGUGCAGAUCAUUAAAACUGGAUGAUAGUAUUAGCACAACUAAGGAUCCAAUUCCAACCACGUCGACCAGAGCAGCUCUGCUAUCGCCGCAGGCCGUCCGGUGCAAGAGACCACCGGACGGGUUCAAGCGCUUCGCGACGCGGGUCAAGAAGCCACCAGCUGAGACAACGAUUGAAAAGGCGGCACCACUGUCGUCUCCCUCCACACUCUCAGCCAUGCGCCGGCUGCGAGCUCGCACGCGCACGUGGUCGACCAGCACCACCGCCGCAGAUUACUCCCCGUCGUCGCGUCCAAGUCGUCGUCGUCAUCGUCGUCGUCGCUGGAGGACGACCCUGAAUAUGGUUACAUGCGGACGUUGGUAGAGCGCGUCGGGUUCAUGCGCGCAAUGCCGCCGCCGAACCGGCCGUUCAAGGGCCACUCCAUGUCAUCCCCGGUGGACCCGAUCGUGUUCCACCUCCUGGAGCUGGACCUCCCCGCGGACGACUCCGACGACCGGCACCAAGGCCCGCUGCGGCACCGGUGGAACCGGAAGCUCCUCUUCCACCUCACGCAAGAAAUCCUCGCCGACCUCCUCCACCUCGACGACAACGGCGCCUCCUCCGCAACCAGACUUCACGGGCUGGCGCUGCUAUCGAAGGUGUGGAGCACGAUUAAGGCGUUCCCGGCAGCGGACUGCAGGGUGGUGGGUAACAUCGACGUGCUGGUGGCACUGGACCUGCAUGUCACCCAAUUUCGUUGUCUUCGGGGGUUAGAUGAUGACACAUGGACACCAUUCGGUGGCAGUUUGAUGUCACAUGGACACCAUUCCACCUGUUAUUCAAUACUACUAUGAGAAAAGUAGGGA